CUCGACUCCUCGUCGGAUUCGAUAACUCAGUGUGCAGCCACUAGUUAGAUAACGCUCACUGAAAUGCAGUAAAGAAAGGGAGUGCACGACGCACCUCGGUAGAAACUGUUCGUUGCAACUGUUCCAAUAAGUGCAAGUUUUGACUGCAGAGCGCUAGUAACACCAUCGUUAUUCGUCACCAUCCAAUCCAACGUACGCUUCUAUCAGCGACAGCGAGACAGUAUAGACUACUUUUAGAGUUAGAAGGGUCUGCUUACCUAACCACAGAAAAAGAAAUAUUACUAUUGAAAAUGACGUCUACACCAUUCAACGUUGGUCUGAGCGACAACAAGCGCCUGUCGAGCCGUGUGCUGCGCCCGCCGGGUGGCGCCCACACCGACAUCUUCGGCGCCGAACCCGAGCCGCUGAAGACCAGACGUCAUAUUCCGUCCGGUAGUGUUCACGUGUCGACAAUUGGAGUAGAUAUACGAGCACCAACCAAUGGUACAGAGUCACAUGAACAAAAUGGACAAGCUUCUUCAGAGGCCGCACCUCCACCAGAAACUGCGAGUACUAAUAAUGCUGAUAAUACAGGCGUGAAUGAAAACCCUGCGAAGACUGAAGCUCCAGUGGCUGCUCAGCAACCAGCCAACGCACCUGCCAAGCGCGUGCGUGUGCCUCCUGGUGGCUUUUCAUCACGCCUUUGGUAAACCAGGACUACGCAUUCAAGCCUAGUAUGUUGGCAUACUAUUAAGAUUCUUGCUGGGACCUUGAAAUUGUUAGGUUAGUUUUGGUUAUAGGUAUUGUCUUUAUAAUACUAAUGUGCCUUUUUAUUGUUUAACGCUAAGUGUUUUCAAAUAUAUUGUAUUUAGGACUGAUGGCGAUGAGAAGUUCUCUGGUCCCGAGCUAGAUUUCUUAACGUUAAGCUGCUUGAUGUAUAUAGUACUGCUGGUAGGUACUUGUGUAAUCCAUUUCGCUUAAGAACCAGGUUACUUCUCUCUAAUCCUCGCAAAAUGCAAUUCUAUACUUUUUACUGAACAAAUUGUAACUUAUCCAGUACUGCCUGGUAUUAAUUACUAAACGAGAUUAGUCUUUAUUAUGUAUUAACUGCCUUUUAAUGUUAGCUUUAUAUGGCUAAAAGUUGUCACAAUUGAUUUUACAAUGUCAAACCUUUUUGAAAAAUAUUUUAGGCUUAUAUAGUUAUUUAGGGCUUAUUUUCUAUUAAAUCUUAAAUGUGUAUUUUAAUAUUCACGACACCUUCGUGACCCUUGACUUUUUAAAGUAGGUACUUAAAAGGGGCACAGUCUCAAUUUAGCAUUUAUUAUGAGAAUGAGUAAAGUGAUCAAUGGCAGGUGUAUUAAUUAGGUUGGGACAACAAAAUUGAGAAUCAGAUACCUACUGCAUAACCCUGUUUUGAAUAAUAAAUGUAUUUUUUUUACGAAGCAUGAAAUUA